GCCUCCUAGCAUAACAGGUUGGUAGAAAGCAGCAGCCAGUAGUGUAAAUAGUCCCCAGUUUCGGGGGGAAACAACACAAAGAAAUGAGUGAAAAAAGCUCAAGCGUCAUCCUCGGCUGUACGAAAGUAAAGGUGCGUGUCCAGUUGUGACGACUGAGCAGAGGAGUGUCACAGUGAAAAUGGCCAUGCAUCCCUUCGGCUGUGAGGCUGAGACCUCCCUUCGGGACCUGUUUGAGUACUUCAAGAGGUGUCUGCAGCAUGGAGAGUGGGAGCUGGCCAAUGCGUGUGUGCCACAGCUGGUUAACUCAACAGGAGGACUUUCAGAAAAGCUACGAGACAUAAUAAAAGCUAUAGUGUGCCAUCCUUACAGUUUAAAAUGGCAGUCUGUGGGCAGUCCACACAAACUGGCUUGGUUUUGGCUUCAGGUUUUGGAGAAAUGGACAGAAGAGCAGAUUUCUCCCAACGUCAGAAGAGAGCUGGAGUUCCUGCUGCUCCUGGAAGAGCUGGGCUCAGAGAGCAUACCAGAGACUGUUCUCAAGCAGGAGUUGCAUCAGGCCUUUUUGGACACGCAGUUGGAGCAAAAGGCCUUAGAGGGUUCAAGAACAACAGACGCUGCUGUUGAUUCGUGCCUGCGAACCUUAUUGGAGAAAAAGAAGCCGAGACUGGCCCAGUCGUUAGCACAUUUCUUGCAGGACCAGUCAUGCCCAGAGGACCAAACUCUGCAGCACACGUUCAUCCAACACCUGAUGAAGGAACUUGGAAAACCGGAGAGGAGGCCGGAGAAGGUGGAGGAGUGGGUGGAGGAGGUAUAUGCCGUGUUGUCUGUGAUGCCAUGGGGCUGCCGUAGAAGCGACGGGCAGCUGGAUGCGCUGUGUGAGGCGCUCUGGGCGGCCAGAGACGGGCCCCUGAAAGAGGAGAGGAUCCUGAGCUCGCUGCUCCGCCCUCGCUGUGACGCUCUCGUCUCUGUUUACUGCUCCACUGCGCUGAGACUUCAGAGGGACCAGCUGUUAAGGAGCGCACCGGAUACACAAGCAGACCUUCCUGAAGCAGAGAAACUGGCCCUCAGUUUAUGUUGCCACAAAGAUCGUCCAUCCAUUUGGAAGACCAUUUACUUUGAGUGCCUUAGCAGUGGAAAACACUUCCUUGAGCAGGUCUUGGUUACUGCACUUGACCUGAUUAAACACGAGGAGUUUACUCUGCUCAAAGAUUUACUGAAGUUGGAGUUCCAGCCUUUGUCUCGGUUGCUGUUGCUGCUGGGAUGGACUCAGUGUCGCAGUCUGAGCUCGGCUCAAACGCUGCUCAGCAUCCUUCAUCAGGAGCAGGGACCAGCCAGCGACUCUGUUCUGCAAGAGUUUGCCAAUCUUUUGUCCUCUCAGCUUGGAAUACUUGAAUGGUGCAAAAACAACAAUCCAGGGAUUUCCAUGGAGGCAUUGCUGGCACAGCUUCACACUCUGGACAAUCACUCUGCCCUCUAUAUCCUGCAUUCUCUGACUCCUCUGGCUCAGUUUGAGGAGCGCAAGAUACUGGAUUUGCUGCAGCAACUGCCAAAUUCACCAGUAACAGAAGACGCUGAAGCCGUCAGUGAUCUUGGUUCUGGUGUGCAGAAGAACACAGUUUUGUUCCAGGGCUUCUGUGCCAUGAAGUAUGCCAUCUACGCUCUGUGUGUAAAUGCACAUAAGUAUUCAAAUUGCACCAACUGUGAGUCCAUGCAGCAACAGCAGCAGCUGUCUGAAGCAGAAACUGACCAAAAUCAAACCUCAACUUCCUCAGAAGGUUGCCAUUUGCUGUUCCAGCACUACCUGUCAGAGUGUCAGCUCUAUCUGGAGGCCGUGCCCGCCAUGUUUCGCCUGGAGCUCCUGGAGAACAUCUUCUCUCUUCUUUUCCUAUCCACUGCGGACUUUACUCAGCAGAUCCAAAAAGACUCAAACGCCAAUCACUCAGAAUGUUUAUCAGAUACAAGAAACACAAGCAUAGAAUUGGGAACCAAAGCAAAGACAGAUGAGACUGAGUACAGCAGAAAAGAGAACCAGAAGCUGCGUUUAAGUUCACCGAUAGCAGAGCUCCGCAGUCACCUGGAGUUGGGACACUUUAUCCAGGGCUGCAGGGGGUUUCUUGCCGACGUGACGGCCAUGGAGGGUUUUCUGAAGCUGCUGAAGGAAGGAUUGGAGGGCAUGUGUGUGGUGGGCCAGCAGGAGGGACAGGAGGCAGGAAGAGCGCUGCCUCGAGAGGCCGAGGCGGCAAAGAGCCUCGGCUGCUCAGUGACGGCCGAGACGUUCGGGGCUCGCCUGCAGAGGUUGUCUAAACGCACUGCAGAGGCUCACUGGAGGCUGCAGAUCAUCUCCAGCAAUCAGGGUAGCGAAAGUGGUUCAGAAAGUCCCGUCCAGAUGUCAGCGGUUAGCUGUCCUGUAACUUCUCUGGGACGCAACAAAAACUCGAGCCUGAGGAGGAGGAAGAGACCAGGGAGACAUGCCACAGAGAGACAAACCUCCAUGGAGAGACACAAUGGAGAAGUCAGCACAAGUGCAUCAGAUGGGGGAGGAGCAGCAGCAGCAGGUUGUGUGGAAUUGGAUGUUUGUCCAUGCGGAGGUUCUCACAGCUGGCUUGUCCCCGCCAUGUUGUCCCCUCCAGAGUCUCUGCUCAUGUCCUGCAUCCGCAGAGGGAACUUCAUGGAGGCUCAUCAGGUUUCUCUGGUGUUUGAUCUGGGGGCGUCUGCCUGCUGUGGUGAGCUGGUGUUCAUGGAGCGCUACAAAGACGUCCUGGUGGAGCUGGGACGGGUGGAGCAGAAGAUGGAGAGCCAGUCCAUGUCUUCAUCCUCAUCGUCCUCGGAGGGUUUGGGGUCAGCAGCUGUGUCGGGCGCAGGGAGGACUCGGCUGGGCAGCAGCGGGCGGUCAACCCUGCAGGCCAUCGGAAGUGCUGCUGCUGCAGGUGUGGCUUUCUACUCCAUCUCAGACAUAGCAGACCGUCUCCUCAGCACUCCCACUCACCCGAUGCCCUCAUUAGAGGACGGCUACUGGCUGAGCCGCUGCUCUUCAGACCCCUCUGGCCUCCUUUACACUCUGCUUGAGGAGCUCAGCCCAGCAGCCAUGGCAGCCUUCGACCUGGCGUGCUGCCACUGUCAGCUCUGGAAGACGUCCCGACAGCUGCUGGACACCGCAGAGCGCAGACUCAGCAGCAGCCUGGAGGCUCGAGGAGUCAGAGUUGACCCAAAGGUUCCUCAUUCUGAGGGGAUCUGUGGAUUUCCCAUGGUAUUACAGCAAAUCAACAAGAUCCUGAACCACUCUGCCACUAAUAAGAGCUCUGUCAAACCAGAAGCUGUUGGUGAAGACCAAGUGUUCGCCAGCCCGUUUGGUUGCUGCAUCCAGGAGGUGCUGCUGUGUUGCCACCCAGCACUAAGCGAAGAGUGCAUCGCUGCUCGGCUCAGUCUCGCUCAGCGUUUGGAGACCACCCUGCACAUCCUGAGCACCGCUACAGAUGGAACAGACGGCAGUGUGGGCAGCGCUCUUCUGGCACAGCUGGUCGAACAGGCCAGUCUUAAGCAGUCGGAGCUGGACGCUCACCCCGUGCGAUCCAGCAUGAAGCAGCUGCUUCGUUCUCUGGAUCAGCUCUGCCCCUUCGAGCCAGACGGAGAUCUUGCCAGACCAGAUUAUGUGCGCAGUUUCCUCGACUAUGUCAACACGCUAGCAUCUGUGUUGGUGCGCAGCCUUGGUUCAGAAGAUCAGAGCGGUGAAGUGAAGCUCGGGAAUCCACUGCUGGUGUUGCUUCAAACUCCGUUUCAGCUUCUCUCCCACCUGCUGUUUGACAGACAGGUGUCUCCUGACAGAGUGCUGUCCUUGCUGCAGCAGGAAGGUCUGCGGCUCAGCGUGCAGCAGGUGAUUGUCCAGCGAUGCUGUGAGACUCUGCCCGUGUGGACCUCCUGUCCAGGUGAGGACAGAGACUCCAAUCAUAACAAGAAAGAUGACGGAGUGUUUGGUGUUGCCAGUUUGUCCGUCCUGCUCCAGCAGCACGCUCAGGAGCACAUGUCGACUCUGGGCAUCACAGAGCCUCAGUCUGAUGCGAGCUCUGAGUCUGAGGCCUCAGAGGAUGAUCACUCCGCUACACCCACCAACCUCUCCACCUCGCCACCAUCUCAGUCAUCCUCCUCCUCCUCUUCCUCUUCCUCCUCUUCCUCAAGCUCUUUCCUCCUUACACCAUCAGCCCUGUCUUUCCUAAAGUCUCGCUCCCCAUUGUUGGCCACACUGGCAUGUCUGAGCGCCUGCAAAGGAGAAGCUGCUCGGACACAGUCCUCUGGAUGGUCUGGUUAUUUUCGUAGCAGCCGUAAAGAGGUUGUCCUAGACGGGGAGCAGAUUUCUCGUGAAGCUGAUAUCCUCCUGCAGGAGUUCCCUAUUCUCCGGGCUUACCUUCACACCAUGGCUGAACCGUUGCUGGGCACCAUAUUAAGUGAAGGCGAGGAAGGUUCUGGUGGACUUGGGGCGGUUAUUUGUGGGAAACCCCUUGUCAGUCUCCUGCUGUCUGGGCCACAAGAAGAAGCUGCCCAGGCUGUGGCUGCUGAAGCCUUCCAGAAGGCUCUGUCCUCCAGAGACCUGAGCCGAGCGCUCAGUCUGCUGGAGCUGUAUGGACAGGGCUGCAGCCAGGAGGGGGCGCUGAGAGACCGCCUGCUCGCCUGCGCUGCAUUAGAAGAUGGAGAUGAGGGUAUCGGUCAGCUGUUCCGCGUGCAGGAUGCUAACCUGCGAGCGCGUGUUGCCCUCCAGGCUCUGGAGCGCUGGCCUCUGUCCGCCUGUCUGGAGCUGCUCGAGUUCUGCCUCAAUGACCCGAGCACAGAGAGCUCCCUGAGAGCAGACUUAGAGCUCAAGAAGAAAGAACUGGACAUCUAUCACUGGAUAUUGAAUUUACAGCCUCCGUUGCCGUGGGAAACUUGGCAAGAGCUGAGAACUGGGUCUAAGACAAACUCUGAGUCCAUGCUGUCGACGAUGGUGGAAGCAAAAGAGUUUGCUCUUUGUGCGCAGUGGGUUGAGCUUUAUCCUGUAUCUGACCAGCUGAGACUGCAGCUGCAGACCGAGCAUUUGCUUCAUCUGCUGGAGAAGGGACAAACAGAUGAAGCAUUUCAGUUAUUGGAGGGCCUGUCAGACUUUGUGGUCGGUCUAGACGUGUGUGAGCGCGCUCUUGACCGCCGCCCCGGAUUGGCUUCCUGUCACUUCCUGGCUGACUACCUCACUCUGCAUUUCCAGAGGCAGGUGUCUCCAGCACGUCGACGUCACAUCCAUGCCCUCCAUCUGGGGUCCAAGGUGUUACUGACUCUGCCUCCAGCCGCUAGGCAGGAGUAUUUCCCGCUGCUGUCGGAGCCGCUGCUGAUGCUAGAGCAGCUGUUGAUGAACCUAAAGGUGGACUGGGCAGACGUGGCGGUGCAAACCCUGCAGAGUUUCCUGGUUGGUCAGGAGGCCGGCUUCGGUGCCGAGGACAUCGAUAAGCUGCUGGCAGACUACGCCUGCAAGGCCCUCGACUUCUCCUGCGCCCCCAGAGAGAGGUCUCGAUCCGAUUCUGUAAUCAGCCUCCAGGAUGUGCUGCUGCAGUGUCCUGCUCAAGAUACCGGCUCCUUAUCAUCCAAUCGACUCGAAUCUCCAACAUCCUCCACAGGCAGCACACCAACACACACCUCCUCCUCAAACAGCACGGACAGGGAUCGAAUCUCUGCAGGCAGAAACCGACGCUCGCCUGCCAAGUUUCAGCCUCCAGACCAUCCCCCAGCCCGCAAAGACUGGGUCCCCGACACCAAGCAGCUCAUGUGCAUGGUCUGCCAGCGUGAGAGGUUCACUAUGUUCAACAGACGACAUCACUGUCGAAGAUGUGGCCGUCUGGUUUGUCACGCGUGUUCAGAACAUAAGAUGCCCGUUGAAGGCUGCCCAGGAGACGAAGUCCGAGUCUGUGACCAGUGUUUCGCCUACUUUCACCCAGAUUCUGACGAUGAGCUGGAGCCAGCUGAAGUAGCUGGAAGCCCCGUGGUCACAGAGGAAGCUCUCGAUGGGAUGCUGCAUCUGCCUGAAGUGGUCCAACGACAGAUCCAACUCAGCACAAAUGCUUCAGAGAACCAGCUGCUGCGGAGCGAGUUCUAUUAUGAACAGGCUCCCAGUGCGUACCUCUGCGUGGCCAUCUUGUCUCUGCACAGCGACCAGACGGCCUGUGGUCAUCAGCUCAUCGACCACUGCCGCUCUCUGUCUCGUAAGCUGAACAAUCCAGAAGUGGACGCCUGCCUCCUCACUGACAUCAUGCGGCAGCUGCUCUUCAGCGCUAAGCUGAUGUUCGUGAAGGUCGGCCGCAGCCAGGAUCUCGCCUUAUGUGACAGUUACAUCAGCAAAGUAGACGUGCUGAAAAUCCUUGUGACGGCUAACUACAAAUAUAUUCCUUCUCUGGAUGACAUUCUGGAGACUUCUGCUGUCACGCGCCUCCGAAACCAGCUUUUGGAAGCAGAGCACUACCAGCUGGCAGUGGAGGUGUCUACCAAGAGUGGCCUGGACCCUAGUGGUGUGUGGCAGGCAUGGGGGAUAGCAUCUCUAAAGGCAGGAAACCUUACCGGAGCGAGAGAGAAGUUUGCCCGCUUCCUGAAGGCUCCAGUGGACCGCAACCAGCUCAACCUGGGUCCAUUACUGCUGCAGGAGGUCGUCCAACACCUGGAGACUACCGUACAACCCACUGUGACCACGUCUCUUGGUGAGGACAUCUUGGCGUCCCUGCGGGAGCUGGAGGACGCUCUGUCCGAAGCCGGUCCUGUGGAUCGUCCAGAGGGUCAGACGCAGAGCAGCAACCUUCACCAGGAGUGUCUCUACUACCUGAACACAUAUGGCACUCACAUGGCACUAAUCAGCUUCUAUAUGCGACAUGAUUGCAUGACAGAAGCCCUGACACACCUGCUCAACAAGGAGUGCCCAGAUGAGGUAUUUCUAGAGGGUGUGUUGCAGCCCAGUCUGGAGCGGGGGCGUCUUGGCAUGCUGCAGGGCAUAAUGGAAAAGCUUGACCCCGGCCUGGAAACAUGCAGCCGCUACCUCAUCGCCUCCUGCCAGUUCCUGCAGCGACGGGGAUACUACAACACUCUCUACCAGCUGCAACAGUUCAUGAUGGAUCAUGUGCGUGCAGCCAUGACAUGUAUUCGAUUCUUCACUCAUGGAGCCAGUUCGUAUCUACAGCUUGGAGAACAGCAGCGCUGGUUGGUCAGAGCGAAGGAACACCUGAGGACGUACCUGCAGGAGCAGCAGGGUCGGGGUGCUGGGAGGAGAAGGUCUCAGGUCAACACUUUCAGGAAGAUGAUGUCGUCCAGUGAUGUGUCCAGGCACAUGAACACAAUUGAGCUUCAGUUGGAGGUGACACGUUUCCUCCACCGCUGUGAGACCGCCACCUCCUCUAAGGUGGCACAGACCAGUACACCCUCCUCCAAAUCUGCUGGUUCCACAUCACCACCCACCCUGUUUGGAGGGAGCCCCAUGAAAGUUGAGGUUGCCUGUAAGGUGAUGCUUGGAGGCAAAAACAUAGAGGAGGGUUUUGGCAUUGCAUAUAGAGUCAUACAGGACUUCCAGCUGGAGGCCCAGGCGGUCUACAUGCGGGCCGGCCAAAGGCUCGUCCGGCAGCGGCAGUAUGGAGCCGUGCGGCAGCUGCUCAAGUGUGUCAGUGAAUCGGGCACCGCCACCAAAAACGACUGUGACGCCCUCAUCCUCAGCUGUGUCUCCAUUGCAGAUAAGGGACCAGCUGACGCCAAGGAGCUGGAGAGUCUCAUUCUGGAGGCCAAGAGCACAGAGAGCAAGAUUAAAGCCUACCUGCUGUGCAGUAAACUGCGACCAGCGUACCUGCUGGCGGUGAAGCUGGAGCCGAGCCGAGCGGGCCCGUUGGUCCAGGACGUCCUCCAGGCUGCCGAGGGAGCGCAGGACUCAGUGAUGCAGAAUAUCUGCAGCCAGUGGCUCACUGAACACCACAACAAGUUGUCUCAGCAGCGCCAGGGCCGUACCAAUGCCAGGUAAAGGUGCAGUGGGUUUCACAAGGGAUCACGCGUACAGCACUUGAAAACAAAUGAGCCGCUUAUGAAGCGCAAUUAAGAAGAUCCAGGGUUUCUAAUGUAACACAGUUGUGGGGUUGUGUGGGGAAUGAUUACUAAGGUUGCACAUAAAUAUGACUGCAUAUUGUGUGUAACAAGAGAGUGCAGUUGCAGAUUAUUAUAAUGAUUUUUAUACAGCGCACUUCACACCCAUACGGUACCAUGUGAUCACCCUACAGUGUGUUCUGAGGAGCCAUUAAGGAGUCAAAAUGACUUUGAAUUGUUGAAUGACAUUUUGAAAACCUCCAAGAGUCCCUUUGAAUUCUCACCUAGCUGCAGUGAUGUGCAGGUGUGCUCCGGGACCCUGUGACAUAACUGUAGAUGUGGUUAUGUGUGCAACAAAUCUCUGAGGUCAUCCGUCAUUGAUCCUGGGUGCGAUCAGAGGUGAUUCAGAUGAAAAACUUUCAACCUUAGAGGGCAGUGAAGUUCCUCUUUCAGUGGAAACAUCUAGAAACCCUGACGACCUCUUUCUCUUUAUGUUUGUGCAGCCUUCCUCUGUGUAAAAAAAAAAAAAAAUCACCGCCGUGCUUUAUUUCCAUUCCGGAAAUAUUUUAGCUGUUAUCUCUCAUUUGAACAGGAUUUGAGAGGGAACAAUGUCACUGCACCGGAGUGACAACAACUAUUACAUAACAAAAUUGCUAACUGCAAAUGUAAACCGUUCUUACACAAUAUAAACAUAUCUACAGCUCAGUAUUUGACUAAGAUUAAUCUCCUACCUCAACCAAAAGGGAAAAUAUCUUUAACUGACUGGAAGGCCUCUGCCAGAUUUUUUUUUUUCAUUUUUAUGUCGUUAUUGUUUCUCUGUGUGUGAAUUUACGGAAAUGCAAUGAGACGCCAAGAACGGUACAUGUUCAAUCUUCGGAGAAACUGAAAAAUGUCGAAUCUUGUGUUUUGUAAUCCCGAUGAAGCCGUUUAUGUGUUUUCACUGAUGUUGUAUAGCACAUUUUAUGGCCAGCAUUCAGCGUAUAUUCCCUUUUGGUAAGGGAAAUUGAAAUAAAACAGAAUUUAAAGUAUUUUAGGGCAUUUGAGAGAAAUUUACAAGAAAGUUUUAGGUUGGAUACAGAAAGGGAACCACUUACGAAUCAUGUUUAUAUUUAAUUCAUUAUCCAGAAUGUCUUCUCUCUUGUCAUUAGUUUUGUCUCUAGACGGCAAGUUUUUACGUCUCAUCUCGUGUCUCUAAUUUUAAAAGAUGCUUUUCACUUUGUUCGCAUGCAAGACUUGACCCAUAUCUGUCUGAACAAUACAAAUCUGCAAUAAUUAAAGCUCCAGUGUGUGGGAUUUAGGGGGAUAUAUUGGCAGAAAUGGAAAUAUAAUAAGUAUGUUGUUUUCUUUCGUGUAUAAUCACCCAAAAAUAAGAAUCAUCGUGUUUUUGUUAGAAUGAGGGAUUGGAUCCCCAUCUAUGGAGUCUGUCAUGUUUCUGCUGUAUCCCAGAAUGAACAUACCAAACACUGGCUUUACAUAGGGCCGUUUGCAUUAGUCCAUGAGCCACCGUAGUUUGCAUGCCUUCUGUGACGAGCCAAACAGCGUUGUAAAAACACAGAUUUUUAACGUGAAACUGCUUAAUUCAGUGUCUUUACCGGUUUAAAUCACUGGGUCAGUUUGU